GCGGGCAUUCCGCGUACAAAGUGGAUAGUGGGGGUUAGUUACGGCGGAAUCGCAAAUAUUCGGUGAUGGUGGUGCGCGACAAGGGUGAUAAAAAAAGCAGUGUCGCGAGAACGUGAAUUUGGACGGGCCUAGUGAAUACGCGAGGCCAUGCGUCCGUUUUACGUCGCGUUUACACACGUCGCUGCACGAUCUCGUAGCGUCGCGAUGCCUUUGCUCGCGUCGUUCCUCGCAAUUACGCAAUGAUUAGUCGUCACGAUGUUGGAUCCGGGGUGUUAGGAUCGUUUGUGACUUUGUUCGAUCGAAAGAUAUCUUUCUCGAUGGUUGAUCGUGGAUGAACAGUUACCAGCAUGAGCUUUUGGUCCCGCAGACGAUUUCAUAUCACUCCGCUACAAGCGUUCGCGGCGCUGUUUCUCAUGAUCGUGCUGUUCUGGUACAGCCUCAGUCGGCAAGAGACACCUCGGCAACCGUGCAGCGUGCCGGAGGAAUUCACGGAGAAGCUACACGAACUUACCUACAGGGUCCACUUAGUGCUAGCGAAACUGAGCAUCGUGCACUUUCUGUGCUUCGGAGGACUCUGGGGUCAAGUUCGAAUCGGUCGUGCCUUGCCAUGGGCACGUAAGGUCGAGCUUUGCUUGGUCGACACUCUCAGAGACGAUGUCCUAAUCACGAAAGCAUUUCGUCAAGCUGCUUUGAGCGCUACAUACCUGCACGCGGCCGGUGUGUAUCGCAUCCAGGAACACGGGGUCGACGAAGAUGCGCCCAAGGUGGAGGUCGUCGUCUUCGAGAAGGAUGCUGUGACACGAAUGGUAAGAAGAGUAGGUUGGACAAGAAGGGUGUUGCCUCCGGACUGCGAAUUUUCCCCCAGUCUACAAUGUUUUCCACCUCGGCUUAUAAUUCCUCCCUUACCGGCGAAACUGUUCGGUAGUCGAUUAAUACCUGUCCCUAGAGGAGGCAUCGAAUUGCAAAAGUAUCACUAUCCUAACGAUUGGUGGCUCGAGGUGAAACCCACCGACUGCACCGAGCUACAAGAAACCAACGCGUAGUGCUACAUUUCAUAGUAGACACGAUAUAUUCCCGACGUAACGAUAAAUCUUUCGAACAGACAACCGAAGAUGUCCUCUAGGAUUACUAAAGAAAGGACAAAAUGGAGCGCGUGUGUUACCUCUGUCCGGUCCUAUUACGAAAGCAUUUUUAUUUUUCAUACACUCGUUUCACGAAACUGUUAGAAAUAUAUAAUUCGAGACUUGGAAUUUAUUAAAAAAUUGGUAAUGUAAAAUCGAAGAUUCGUAUUGAGAAGGAAGCUAUAUAUAUCAGGUUGUCCGAAAUGUUUCUUUCUGUUUUAUAAGGAAAUAAUAGACGCGCAAUGUUUUUUGUUUUAUAUUAGUUUGCUGAAUUAUGCAGGAACGUAAUAAUAGAAAUAGAAGGAAAUGGAUCACACCUAAUUCGAUAAAAUAAUAUAAAACAGAAAUUGCCGUUCGUCUAUUAUCGCCUUAUGAAACGAAAGAAACUUUUCGGACAAUCUAAUAUAUAUUGUUUAUUUUAUAAUACGAAUCGUUGCGUUUGUUUGAACAUACGGCAACGUGCAAGAGUUUCUGACCAAAUAGAUUUUCAGUUUACAUUUUAAAAGCGACAUUCUAAAGAAUUUUAACUAUACGGUACACGGUAUAAUUUAACAAUAACGAUUGUUAUUUAGCAAUUAUUACGAUAUGAAGGAAAUUUUUGUUAUAUCUUUUACUUGCUAUGCCUUUAUCUAGUAAUGAAUUCUUUUAGAUCUCGUUUUUGGAAUAUAAAAUGGAAACUUGCGUAUAGUUUGCGUUCCGUGAAUGUAACAUAUAAAGGAAUCUCAUAGUAUUAGUUUUGAUAGUUAUAAAAUUUAAUUUAAGAAUCGUACAUAAAACACAUCAUGGUGGAUGAUCGAUCGUUAAAAUCAUCGGUGAAAGUUCGAGUCUUAUUUUUAAAGGCUUUCGGACAAUGUUGUUCUUUCGGCUAUUAAAAGACAGUUGAUGGAUGUAAUUAUCCGCGAAUAACAGGUUUCGGUAACGACAUUGGUGAUGUUCUAGGUAAAAGUCGCUCCAAAGAAAGUAUCACGAAUUAUAGCCAAGAUACGCGAGAAAAGUUUCAACGUUCGGUCGUCGAAUAAGAAAUUUUGUGCUUGGGAUUUUAUACGAGCGUUGAAACUUUAUAGUUUCUGUCAUUGUAUCGACAGAAUCUUACGCUCUCGCGACCGAAAUUAUCGAUCGCAACACCCAUGAGAAAUAUCGGAGACAAAUAUAUAAUAAACCAAAGAAACAAUUAGUUUGCUGGGUGGCACGUAAACGGGGAAAAUGAGAUUUUCCAAGCGUAAAUUAGAACUUAUGAAAGUUAGACAAUUGUAAAAUAGGAAAAUUAUUCCUCGUAAGGAGCUGAAUAUUCGUGGGAAUCUUCAUACUUUACACGCUAUGAUUUCAUUUAGCGAACAGCAAAUAUCAGAGACAAGUCUGAUAAUGAGCGUGAACCCUUUGCACUUUGCCGAUUGCUUUAAUGAUUACAAUUUACAAUUUAUAUGAAAUACCAAAAUUUCAUUUCGUAGGAAAUUAUUUAAUUUCCAUAUUCUUGAUCUUGCUCGAUUUAAUUUCUCCACGUUCUUUGAAUCAUAUUUGAUUCAAUUGCUUUUUCUAUUUAAAAACCUAGGUAAUAUUUUUAAGUUUGCGACAGAUAUGAAAGAAUCGUUAUUAGUAUAAAGAAUUUCACACAUUUAUUCGAUGGCAGUAUUUGUCUCAAAACAUUGGAAGCCUUUUUUAUUUCUUGGAACGAGACCCAGAGAUAUAAAAACUGGAAGACUGUAACACGAGUCCGUGAUACAUUUUUCAAGGUAUUUUAAAUAAUAAAAUAUCUUGGCCCGUCGUGUAAUAUAAACGUUAUACGAAGAUACAGUAUAUCACACGCGAUGUAUUGUCUGUAGACCUAGCCGACGCAUAUUAUAACACGUAUACGAUAUGUUGUCGCAUUUCUGUCACUCUGAGACAAGACGUUAGGUUGUCAUUAGUAUAUCGCGAAUGCAAAGGGUUGAAUUUACCAUAAAUUAUACACAGACAGAAUCGCACUAAGAUGAUGUAAAUUGGACAGUAAGCGACACUCUCCUGUCUAUGAUUGUUGAUAAGUCACCCAGAUACUUUUGCGUAAGGUACGAUUUAAUUUGUAUAUAAAUCAAAUUUUUCUUGUAUCUGUCCAAAUUAAAAAAUCUCAAGUUAUUUCCAUUUUUGAAGCUACAAUUUUUCAUCAAAUUUGUUUGAUUCUCUUCUUUUAAAUUGUAUAAUUCUUCGUUAAAUCUUAUUGCGAUUCUGUGUAUGCCUACCGUAAAUGGUAUUUACAUAAGCAACCUAACAAUCUCUAUGUCUAUUAACUACUUUGAUCCGAAACGUGAAAAGAUACAGAUAUGCUUCUUUCAAAGCUUUGAUAGUACAAUUAUUUAUACGACUAUUUGUACCGCUUUUUAAACGCUAUAUCAACGAAAACAAACGUUCCAAUUUUUCCACAUUUCUACAAACUCGUCGAAUUCCUCUCGAAUUAACGUUACAUUCGCAUCCUUCGAUCAUCGUCGUUAAAAGUACUUUCUUCAUCGUCGUUUCAUCCAAUUGUAUUCUGAUUCACGAACGUGGUAUGUUUUUCACGAUAAUUCAUAUUGAUUUCGCUGUGAACGUUGAAACGUGUUUGCGUCGACUUUAUUACAGUGCCACGUAAUUGAAAAUGUAAAGACGUUCGUGUAAAAGCGAACGACAGUUGCCGCUUA